AUGGAGUUUGGUCCUAGGAAGAUUGAAAAGCGGAAUCGGGCCCCUGUGUCUUGCGAACCAUGUCGAGCUCGAAAGCAAAUGUGCAAUCGCGGCCAGCCAUGCGAGGCUUGCACCAGACGAAAUCAAGCAUCACUAUGCCGCUAUGCUCCCAAUGCCAUCCGGAACAAGCCUCGCCCUGCCAAAGUAGGUAACAUUCAGGAGCGGCUGGAUAACCUGGAGAGCAUGCUGUCUUCGAUUGCGGCGAAUCCCACUGCUGCUGGUAUUAGAAUUGGAGCUGCGCCCAGCAAACACGCUUCGUUCAACGCUAUCACAACGUCAGCAUCAUACAAACAGCCUCAAGAAUCUGGCAAAUCAACUCAAAGUCGCCAGGAUGAUCAAUGCUUACCGCCUGAGCUGCCCCAUCGCCAUGAAUCAGGAGAUGGCCAAAUCAACUACAUUGAUCCCAGCCAUUGGAGAGCCAUUUUGGAGGAAAUCAAAGAGGUUCGAGAGCAUCUUUCAGCCUUUGACCGCCCUCUGGUUCAGGACGAGCCGGAGCGCAAAAGCGUUGCCCCGGAGGAAGGCGUCGGAUUUAUGUUUGGCAAAUUUCCGGUGGUCGACCUGGAAGAGGUACUUAGCAGCUUGCCUUCGCGACCGAUAUGCGACGCUCUCGUUGCGCAGUAUUUCAACGCGAGGUUCAUGGUGUUGGGCAUCUUGCAUCCGGUCAAAUUCCAAAAGGAGUACGAAAAGUUCUGGGAAGCUCCGUUGAAAGCACCCCCCCUUUGGAUCGCUCUGCUUUUUUCCGUCCUCAGCCUAACGACAACUCUUCGCAAUGUCGCCGGCCCGGCUGAAGCCAAAUCUACAGGUCCUUCCGCCACUUUGUUGCAACAGAGGACAGUGGAAUGCCUCGUUCUGGGGCGAUUCCCGAAUGCAAACGCGUAUGCUCUAGAGGCUAUGAUACUGCAUCUCCAAAGCUGCUACCUCACUCUCAACAAGCUCGGCUCGGAUCAUUGGUUCGAGAUGGGUACUUUGAUUCGCCUUGCCUUUAGAAUGGGUUACCAUCAUGACCCAGAUGGCUUGCCGGGCAUGUCAGUCUUUGACGGAGAGAUGCGGCGGCGCGUUUGGCACAACAUAUUUCAAGUCGACGCACUAAUGUCCUUUCAGAUGGGAUUUCCGAGCAUGAUUCCCACCGAAUUCUGCGACACCAAGGUGCCAAGGAACCUCCAAUUCUCUGAUCUCGAUAUAGGCAUGACAGCGCUACCUCCGGGGCGACCUCUAUUCGAAAACACUCCCAUCAGAUACCCAAUCGCCAAGUCUGGCAUCAUGGCAGUGUUCAAGAAGAUUGUGGCGCAUUCUCAGUCUUUAGCUCUCCCGACUUACGACAAUACGAUCAUGCUGGAUAAUGAAAUGAGGGAAGCAUACAGCGCCUUGCCAGAAAUAUUGAGAGGGAGAGACGUUGGCCGCUCCUUUAUGGACCCGUCGAGUAUCAUAUUCGAGAGAUGCACACUUGAGAUGCUCUACUUGAAGGGUCUUAUCGUUCUCCAUCGGCGAUACAUUAGCUACGAGGUUGACAGCCGUAGGUUUGAGCACUCCAGGCGAACAUGUGCCGAGGCAGCUCUCGACAUUCUCGCCCGCCAGGCAGAUCUAAGUCAAGCAUCUCAGCCUGGAGGGCGUCUGUAUGACGACCGAUGGAUGGUAUCCUCCCUUACCAUGCACGACUUUCUUUUGGCUGCCAUGGUGAUUUGUUUGGAUCUCUCCGUUCGUCUGCGGCGUCCUUUAAGCAUUUCAGUGCCUGGAAGGGACGACGAUCCUCUUACUGGGCGAGAGUACCAUGCGCUGCAGACAUCGCAGAAGAUAUGGGCAUCCAAUAGCCAGACGUCCUCGGAUGCACGUCUUGCGGCUUUGGCUCUUGGUUUAAUGAUUCAAAAGGUGGCCGAAAAGGAUGCCCGCCAUAUUCCUCCAUCCGAUAUGGACCUCCCAUAUGCAGGGCCCAUGUCCCAGAUGAUUGACGGCACAGAAGGAUUGGAUUGGCCGACUGACGCGACGCAUUUGGAGGGAUUCAACAUUGAUCCCAGUUGGUUUGAUCUGCCACAGCAGUAA